AAGAUUUGCACAGGAAACAAUCACGUAGGGUCAGCAGGACGCGUGAUGCACCGGCGACUUGCCAUCUGAUACACCUGGAAGUAGAUACCACGCCAUCGGCAGACACCCGUCGUGGCUCCCCAAAAACAGGGCAGUCCUUCCCGCCCCUCAACCUCUUUCCCCAUGGACGAUCCGCCUGGCCAGCACGACAACACUGUGACCAAGCCGAGCAUCUGUAUCCCCGACAUCCUCUACAUCAUCUGCUCGCUGCUCGAUGUCAAGGACAUCCGCCGCUUCCGGGUAUGCUGCCACGCCUUUGCGGCGGCCGCGGCGCCGUUUGUCCACCGGCGACUCGUCAUCUACCCGCACAAGCGCGACCUGGCCAUGCUGAAGCAGCUCUCGCUCGACCCCGUGGUGGCCCCCAAUGUGCGCACCCUCGUCUGGAUCGGGCACGUCCUGCCCCGGCCCAAGCUCGACUUGGACACCUUCUCGAGGCAGUUUGAAGGGGCACGCGCCAUGAAGCGCAUGGUCAACGACCUGCGCGCCAGGCACGGCAUCGCCAGCAGCGCCGUCCUCCAGCCCUUCCAGAACGGACAGUCCCUCGUGGCCCUGACCCCCACGGGCCGCACGCCCGCCGAGACCGCCGCGCUCCAGCUCGACGACGUCAAGACCAUGUACCGCGAGUACACGGAAACCCUGGUUGAGCAGGACUUCAUGUUUGCGCACGACCUCGACACGGCGGCGCUGGGCGAGGCGGUCAGGCGGUUCACCUCGCUGCGCGAGUUCACGUUCUCGUCGUACUGGGAGUUCGCCACGCAAGGGGCCAGGACGCCAUUUGAUAAGUGCCUGGUGUUUCCUGGUCCCACGCCGUCACCAAGAGGGACGCGUGAGACGGUGGCGUUUCUGGAGGCUUUGGCGGCAGUGAGGAGUAACAACCCGUCCGCUGUCAAGCUCGAGUCGUUGACCUUGGGCUUGUUGAGCUGGCGGUUCUUUGAGGAGGAAAAGGCGGUGCUGGGCCGUGCACUCGAGACGUGUAGAGAUCUAACAACAUUCCGGAUUUGCAUCGACACUGGCAUGAAGGAGCCAGGGAACCUCGCGGGCCGUGAUCAUGAUGACGACGACGACGACUUGGACGAGGUCAAUCUGGAUCCGCUGGGUCUUGGACACAGGCACCAGCCCGACGACCACGACGGCUUUGGCACAGAGGUGCUCGAGUGCGCACGGGUGAUGUCGACAGGGAUGCUGCGCAACUUUUUGAUAUGCCUGGAGAACCUCGAGAACCUGCAAGUCUCAUUCCUAUACAACUCGGUGAAUCUGGAUUUCCCUGCACGGCUGGACGACGUGAUUCAGCCAAAGCACAGAUGGGAGUACCUAACCACGCUAAAGCUCGAGAACAUCUCGACCGAGCGGCAGGAGCUGCUGGCCGUGCUCAAGCGGCACAAGGACACACUCGAGGCUCUGUCACUGCACAACAUUGCGCUCCGCAACACGUCGUGGCUUGUGCUGCUGCCGCAGAUCCGCAAGACGUUGACGGGUUUGGUGAGCGCAAGCAUGGACGGUGAGCUUUUUGGCUGGGACGAGCGCUACGAUAUGGAGGAGUACUGGAACCUGGGCCGCGACGGCUACGGGGCGGAGCUUCGGUUCGAUCUAAAUAGAUAUCUCAAGAGCCAGGUCAUCAAGACGUGCCCACUAUCUCGGGAUAACAACGAAGCUUGACGACAACAUAUACACAGAAGACAAAAUAGAACAAUGAGACAGAAACCG